GUAGUUAAACAAAAACAACAGAAAGGAAAUAGUAGCAAGGUCACCGAAGAGAGAGAGAGAGAGUGUGUGUGUGUGUGUAUUUCUCCAAUGUAACUAACCAUCAUUGGUAAGUUGACCUGCAAAUUGUUAAAACAAUGAAGUUAUAUAUGUAGAACGAGGAAUGUUGGUGCCACAUCCCACUGCUCUGGUCAAAUGGUCAUUAACAUCGAUGGCUCUCGAGCUGGCUCUAUAAAUAGUCUCAGCUUCAUCAUAUGAUAUUACCAUUCAGCUGAAGUGUAGAUGGCACUAUCACCACUAACUACUAUCACCACCACCACCACCACUAAGCCAGCCAGUAAUACACGCUUCCGUCUACACCGACCCUACUGCGUAUAGUAGUUUGUAGCAACAAUAACAACAGCAGCAGCUGUUUAGAUAGAAAGAUUCGGCUUCAGGAGUUUGGUGUUGUGUUGUGUGGGGUUUGAAUGGAAUACAGUACCGUGAUAACCAAACCUACAGCUGCUACUUAACCGUAAAACGCAUCUAUGUUUCACCAUAACUCAUAAAUAAGAAAACAUAUUCACACACACACAAGCGUGUAUGUUAAUGUACGUAUUGCGAAUGUGCGUAAAUCGACUACUUCUUAGUAAUUAUAAAUUAAAAAUUAUAUAAAUAUAUAUUCUAUACAAAUAGUUGCGAGUGGAAUGCAAUCGUUUUCAUGUCUAUAGCAAGCCAAUUAAUACAAGGAUGUAUUUAAUGUUCCAACAGUGUUAACUGAUGGCGCUAUUCGCUUGGAAAAAGUCCAUAUUUCUGCUGACAACCGAAAUAGGAUGGCUCUUCUGUUGUAGUCUAGCUUCAAGCACCGUCUGUCUUUCUCGAUAAUACACACUCAUAUAUACCCGCAUAUAUAUAUAUAUAUAUAUAUAUAUAUAUAUAUAUAUAUUGUUAAUGUAAAUGUGUGUGUUUGUUUUUAGAGCUGUGACCGACUCGCCGAGACUUCAAUUAGUGUAAACUACUACUACUGCUGCUUGAUUCACCACCGAUCAUUUUCUAAGUAUUGUGCGUGUGUGUAUGUGUUGGCUGAAUGUUUAUUAUACGUAUGUAUAUGUCUUCUUUAUUACUGUGUCUCGCCUAUUGUCAUAGCCGGGUGUGGCCGUCAUACGGACGGGUGGACGGACGGACGACGGUCAGUCAGCAAACCACUAAGCAAUUGUUACCUCUAUUUUGUCCUGGAUGUUACACUUAAGGAAAGAAAAAGAGACCGUCUCCCAAACGAACAGAAGAGAUACAACAGAAAAAGCCUCUAUCUGUUCUAAAACCAGGCUAAAGAGCUUAUUACUUCUACCAAGAAGAAAACAGCUGCUACAGUUUACUUAAAAUGGAUGAAAAUAAUUUAAUCGUUAUUGGAUCUGAUGGUUAUUUUAUUCCAUAUCACCUCAGGGAAUAAGUUGGGAGCAAGUUCUACAUCUAUCCUUUGAAGCAGCUCAAGGAAUAAUUUAAGUACACUAAAUGUCUCAUGAACAUGUACUUUACAAACAAGGAUUCCGAUUCUGAUGAAGUGGUAAUUAUUGGCUCAGAAGGCUUAGAUGAUACAAAUGACGGAGAUGUUAUCUUUGUAUCACAGUACAAAUCUUCUUCAGAACCCAUUACCAUAGAUUGUACAACAUCUAAAGAAGCAGAAAAUGACAGUGCCAAAGUUGUUCAUUUAAAUGAAGAACAGCACUGUGAAAUGGAUGAAGAUGAUGUACAAGAUAUAAGUACUAUUUCCUCAAUUAAACUUGCAGACUUCUGUCAGCGUUCCAGUCAAAUCUACAAUGACGAUAAUGAUCCCACAGAUCAGCUUGUUAUAAAGCCCCGUGACUCACUUGGAUCUUUAAGCAUUGGUAAUAACUUUGGUCUUUCUCUCUCGGUGGAAGAACACAAUAAAACUCAGUCAAAGCCAGUAAUGGUUGUUGAUGUUUCCCCAAGAAUUGAGACUCCAAUGGAAAAUGAUGGUGAGCCUUGUACUCAUGAACUGAGUGUUUGUGAUAAAUGCAUACCAGACAAAGAGGAAAAUUCUGAAUCUCGUAUGGAUUUUAGGACUAAUUUUGACAACACUGAGAAUAAAGUGAUCAUGAAAAAAGAAGAGAAUGUCUUGCCCCAAAACUCAGGAAUUUGUAAAUGGAAUGUUGAUGAGCCUGUUACGGAUAAUUGUUCUGGUCAAAAAGCCAGUGGUUUACAACUUCAAGAAGAAGAAGAUAAUGACACAAGUGUUACAAUUACUCCUUGUAGCCAGACAGCUAAUAUGUUGUCAUCAAAAUAUGAUCCCUGCUGUUCAGAUUCUUCAUCAAAUCCAAAUCUUAUUUAUCAUUGUAUUAAAGAAAAGAAUGGCAUCAGUGAACACCCUGUGGCUAUGUGUCAAAAGCUGAAAACAAAAUUCUGCCACUCUUCUGAUCCUUCAUCGCCAAACAAUUCUCCGGAUGUUACAUCGGUAAUUGAUCAUGGCUCCCCUCGAAAGAAGCACAUGUUAACUUCACGAACAUGGAUUCCAGCCUCUGUAAUGGCAGAAGAGGAUAAUCAAAGAGCAGUAAAGAAAGGUGCUUGUGUAGCUUGCAAAGCACUUGUAAAAGAAGAUGAAGGUUCAUCUUGUGUUGAUCACCAUCUUACUUGUAGGGGAUGUUUGGAGGACAAAGUAAAAGCAGUUCUAAGUCGAAGAUGUUUAGAGACAUCUGUAAAGUGCCUAGAAGCAGGCUGUAACAAUUUCUAUUCAAAACAUGAACUGAGGCGUUGUUUGCCUGCAAUGAUAGUGGAUAUUCUUGAAGAAGUUCUUGAACAAUAUUAUGUUGAUUUCAUAACAAAUAUGCUAAUGAAAUCCUAUUCUCCAAGUGAUACCUCUGUGGGGCCUGAUAAUGAAAUGACUGUAGGAGAACUUGAACGUCCUCGAAAGCGGUUAGCAAUCAGUUAUGAUAGCUUACCAGAAAACUGGGUUGAAAUGGAAUCAAAAUUUAGUAAUCAGCUAUUCGUUUUGGAUUCUGAUUCUCAAGAAUAUGUCAAUGUGUCUAGAAUGUUUUUGUCUUCAAUGCAUUAUCCAGCCACUGAAAUAGUACGAAUCUCUCGAAUCCAAAAUCCUAUUUUAUGGAAAUAUUACUGCUUAAAAAAGCGUGAGAUGGUACAAGAGAAUGAUGGUCUUAAUGUUGAAGAAAGACAACUAUUCCAUGGUACAAAAAGCAAAGUGGUUGAACCUAUAUGUCGUAAGGGAUUUGACUGGAGGCUCUGUGGAAAACAUGGUACUGUUUAUGGACAUGGCUCCUACUUUGCGGGCGAGGCUUCAUACUCUCAUCAAUUUACUGAUGACAUUCGUAUUAAGCGGCAGCGUCCGAUUCCAGCUGGUCGUGUCAGUUCUAACAACAUUGCAAUGACCACUAAAGUCUUCUGCAAUCCUUACAAUAAAAAUGCUUUCCUCAAGUUGAGUCCAAGUAUUAAUAUUCCAAGUAUGAACCCAGCUGCACCACUGCAAUUAACAGGCUAUACAAGUUCAGUGACCACCUAUACUGCUCAAGGAAGCAUAAUGGCCAGUUCUAGUAACAACCCAUUUGUUAGUCAAGCUUUAUUAGGAGCUGCACCUCCUGGAGCUGGAUCAAAUAUAUGUUGUCCGACUAUCAAAGCUACUAACAAUCCAAACACUGCUGUAAACAGAGUACCGUCUAAUCGCAUAAACAUUGUCAUGAUGCCAAUGACAGAUGCAGACAAGAACCAAACUGUUCAGAAUAUGCCUAAUAUGCAAGACACUUCAUCAGUUGGCAUUGCUCCUAAUGUCCCAUCAUCUUCUUCAUCUUCAACACCCUCAUCAUCAUCUUCAUAUUCAUUACAAAAUUUGACUGUAUCCUUUCCUUCCAGUGGUAAUGUUGGUCCUACUGUAACUGCUAACAAUACAGUUAUGCAGUCUCCGCUUGUGCUGUCAACAGCCCCUAAACAGCUAGUACACCAACAACUGCAGACAGUGCCAGUGACUAGCACACCUCAACAUAUCCCUCUGGUUGUACCCUUCCAGGCAGGAACUGCUGUUAAUCCCAAAAGCCAUUUGGCUUCACACUCACACUCUAAAUUAAUCUUUGGAGGAUUGUCACAACCACAACAGCAAAUGCAACAACAGCAACAACAACAACAGCAGCAGCAGCAGCAAAAAUACCUUCUGCAGCGCAUCACACAACGACUUCAGACACAACCCACACAACGACUGCAGGCACAAGCAACACAACGACUCCAGCAACCAGCGAUACCAUCGCAGGCGCUGCAGUCACAGCAACUCUCACAAGCUCAACAGCCAUUAUUGCAAUUGCAGGCUGUGCAACAACUACAACCAUCACCGCAAUUACAGACUGCUGCACAAGUUCCACAGUUAGCCCAACCGCAACAUCAUCAGCAACCACAGCAAGUUGGGCCAACACUGCAACAGGUCACAUCAACUUCAGCACCUCAGCUGAUAACACUCGGAGAAUUUUUGUCCCCUUUUCAAACAGGAGCUUCGGCAGCUAAAGUUAACAUGGUGUCUCACACCCAGCCGAAACUUGUUUUUGGAAGAGUGCCAUCUCAACAACAAUCUCAACAACAGCAGCCUCAGCAACAAGUAAUGGCCCAGCAAGCUGGUGUACCUCCACAGAACCAACCCCAAGCCCCACCCCAGCAUAUACAAGCUGCACAACAAACACCACAUCAUCUACAUCACUAUCACCAUCACCACCAUCACCACCACCAUCACCAAGCCCCAGUGCAACCACAGCAGCAACCCCAACAAAUAUUCCUGCGGAAAGGUUUUGUUGUGCCCAUUCCACCAGGAACUUCUGGUCCUAAAGUCAGCACUGUUGGCCAUUCACAAUCCAAACUAAUAGUGAAAGUACCACCAGCACCACCAGCACCAUCCCAACAACAACAGCUGGUCCCACAGACCCAGCCUCAGCCCCCUACCCCACAAGCAAUCCAGGCUCAACAGACAGCAAACACACUCCAACUCUACUGCCAAAAUGGAGAACCCCAUACGACACGGACCUCAAUACCUACAAACUGCACGCGGAAAAUGUUCAUUGCCAAAGUUCUCGUGGGCAAGUACACAGGUGGUAACAGCAGCCUGAAGAAAGCCCCACCUUUAUAUCCAUGUGCCGAACCAUUUGGAAAAUGCUAUGACUCUUGUGUAGACAACAUAUGGGACCCAAAGAUUUUUGUUAUAUUUGAUAGUGCCCAAGCUUACCCCGAUUAUUUAAUAGAAUAUGUUGUAUAGUGAUAGACUGAUUUUUAUAUGAAACACUCUUGAUAGCAUAUCUCUUUCUCUGUCUCUUUCUGUCUCUCUCUCUCUCACUCCUUCUCUCCUAUCAUGGUAAAGUUGACAAAUACCAAACUGUAUAAAUGGAACAGAUUUUAGUGGGGAAAAGACUAUGAAAAGAAGUGGGUGAAAGUGUUUACUUUCUUUUUUUCUGGUCUACAUUUUCCUUUUUAUAUAUUUUCUUUUUCUUUAUUAGUAUUUUUAUAGUUUGUGUUGAAAAUUUAAAUGCAUGUAUAUUUUUGUUAACAAUGCUUUUAUCAUUAUCAUAAGUAUUAUUGUUUGAAAAUUAACUUUGCUAUUUUUAACUUUAUUUUUUUGUUUACUUCUAAUCUUAUUAUUAUUCCUAUCUUGCACUUGUUGCUUCAUAGUGUCUUUUAGGUACGCUGAUAGCUUAGUAAGGAAAGGAACAAUUAUUUUUUUUGUCUUUUUCAUCCUUUUAAAUUUAAGCUGUUUAAAUUGGGAGAAAAAUCUUUUUAGAACACAUUAGAUCUUGUAUAAAUGUUUCUUUAGAAUUGGGUACCAUAACCAGUUUACAUAGAAUUUUAAUACAACUUUUCUUCUAAUUUUUAAUACUAAUAUUUUUAAUCUAAGGUUGCCCUCUUAUCACCUGCUCCUAUUGACCCCCUUUUUGAGAAAAAUAUUCAUUAUCUUUUCUCAUGUUCAUUUGCUUUCCCCGCCCCCUUAUGCUUUAAACCUCACUAUCUUCUCCAUUAUCUUUUUGUUUCCGACUCUUCAUGAAGGAUUGCUAUUAUAAGUGGUUUGUUAUGUAUGUGUGUGUAUGUGUGUAUGCAUGCACAUGUGUGCAUGCAUUCUUGAUAAGGUGUGCUUAUAAAUGUCAUUUGUUACAUUCUGAUAUCAUUGGCAGUCAUUUGCUAGCAAGAGAUAUCUUGCAUGAACAUAUUUGUGUAGUAUCGUCAGUUUGCAAUGCUCAACACAAUUAAAUUUAAAGAAAUAAAUAAAUGCCUCGGUUUAAUUUUCUUUAAUUAAAUAUACACCAUUUUCCCCAUAAAGUCUUUGUAUAUUCUGGAUUUAAAAAAAAAACUUACAACUGAUUCUUAAUUUAGAAAUAUUUGGAAUUUUUACAAACUUAUGUCAAUUUCAUUCCUCUCUCAACUACAGCUUCUGUUUUACUAUUUUUUUUUCCAUUGUCUUUAACUAAGAAAAUUUCUCUAACUUAUCACCCUCUUUCUCUUCAUCAUUUUUCAUAUAAAAUGUUUCUUCUCUCUUUCUCUCUCUCUCUCUCUCUCUCUCUCUCUCUCUCAGUAUUUUCUACUAUUGAUGUAUCUUCUGUUAUCAAUCUUUAUUCACUUUUCAUUUUCACUAUAUCUCACCAGCUGUCUUGUUCUUUGUUUCCUCAUGCCCUUCUGUUCCCACCCCUUUGGAAAAACAAUAAUCAAACAAAAAUAUGAAAGAAAAUUUUUCUUUAAUACAUUCUUAUUACAAAUAUUUUGUGAUGUGUUUUUGUUUAUUUUUUUUUCUUUCUUUUAACUGAUUACUUCAAUGUUUUAUAUAGUCUGGUGAUAUAUUUAAUAUGCUGUAGGGUAGGCAACUUAUGUAUAUAGGGUUUAAUUGAAUCCAAUUAAAUAUUUUUAAUAAUUAGCACUUCUAUUCAAUAUAUCUUAAUUGAUAGUUGUUUUUUUUUUGUUUUUUUUUUUAAACAAAUGAAAAUUUAACACAAACCAAAUCUCAAUUAGCAUUUUGUAAAUGUUGGUGCUGCUGUAAUAUUGUUAUUCUUAUAAUCAUCAUGUGAACAAACUCUAAAGGUUUAUAGAGGUAUAAUUGUGAUAUUCUUGAAAUAUGCAUUUUUAGCAAUUGUAGAUGAUUAAUAUGUAGGAAGAGUUUUAAAAUGACAAAAAAAUCUUACACACACCUACACACAAAUUCUUACUUGACUUUCUACAAUAAAUUCAUUCCAAUAACUCUUAUUGAACUUUUGCUUAUUUGUACUAUUUGUAUGGGGAUGGCUAUAUUUAACAGUCUUUUAAUGGGGGGCUUCUAAUUUUCUCUGUUAGUAAGAGUUAUAAAAUUGUCGGGGUGUUUUUUAUUUUAUUUCGGGAGCUUUUAAAACAUUUUUUCUUUGUCAUAAAUAUAAAAGUCUUUCUGCAUCAUAUUUGGUGUAACUGCCAGAAUUUUCCUGACUGUUACUAUAUACAUUUGGUAUGCUGGCCUCUGCCAUAAAUUUGGUAUAUAUAUUUCCAUCAAUAUAUACAACAAAAACAACACACACAGUAUUUUUUUUUUAAAUUUCUUUAUCACAUAUCAAGUUUUAUUGAUUGUUUAACAAGUAGGCUGAUAUAGAACACUUUCCUACAAAAUUUAGUUAUUUUGAUGGUGAAGUAUGAACACACUAAUUGAUGUAAUUGUUUUGCUGAAUCAGCACAUUAUCUUGCAUCUGUAACUGAGAGGCUGCUAAAUCACAUUUUCACUAAGCUCUACUUGUAUGUGUGUGUGUAUGUAUAUAUGCAUGUGUGUGUUACUUUAAUAUCACUAGGAAUAGGUGACAGUUUUUUUUUUUCUUUUCUCCUGGGAGUAGGCCUUUGUAAGUAGAUUUGUCAAUUUUCCAUUCUAUUUCUCCUCAAUACAAUUUAGUAUAAAAUACAAUGAUAAACAAAGCAGCUAAUUAACACUUUGGUAUAUUAUUUACAUUUUAGUAGUUUGACCAACACAAAUUAUUCUUGUGGAAAUUAUAGUUGGUUGUUUGUGAUAGAAUUACAUUAAUAGUAUUUUCCUUGUUUUUAAUAUUUGCUAUCUUCAUUAUAGUGGAGGUGUUAGUUGGUAUCAAUAAUGUCUUCAUUGUAAUGGAAUGUAACAUUGGUGAGCUUUGUUACUUUACUACAAGGGGACAUUGAUGUAAUUGUGCUGUUUUAGAUGUUUGCAUUUCUUCUAACAGAAAUUGGUGACCUAUUGGCAGUUUUGGUAUCCUCUCUUUUUUGUUGGGAUAACAAUUUUGGUGUCUUCACUGCAAUCGGAGUAUUGCUGUGAUGAUACAUUGGUUUGCUUCAUUAUGAAAGAAAAAGACGUGGCUGCAUGAAUUCAAUAGUUUUCCAUUAUUGACUGCUAUGUAGUGUAAACAGAAUUUAGUAUGGUUAUCCUUUGUCUGGAAACAGUGUAAUUCAUGCACAUUAACCCUUGACAUUAUCUUGGAUUUUAAACCUACUCUGGUAGGUAUGAAGUACUUGUGGUUCAGUUAUACUCUGCAUUGACCAUAUGUACAUUACUAUAGGAAGCUCUUUAUGCUAUUAUUAAUAUUGUUAUUAACAUAAUUAUUAUGCUUUCCUUUUUGCUUUUUUUCUCAUACUUUCAACACUGGUGUAUUCUGUGAAAAGUCUGGACUACAAGAAUAUCUGUGACAGUAUUGUGAUUUGUUUAGUAUAAUUACACCAUCCUGUUUUCUGCCACUAGCUAUUCUCUCUUAAUCACUGUCACAAAGGUGUCAAACAAAUCAGGAGUAUAUAUUUUGUAUGGAGACAUCUCAUGUUCAGUCUCAUCAUCUGCUGAACAUUACAUUAAUUCCUGCCUCUUCUGUCCAUAUUUCCAAGUGGAUAGAAUAUACCACCAUUUAUAAACAACUUAGGCUAACCAGUUUUUGAGGUUUCUGAUAUAGAUUUGCUUUAUUAUUAUAAAUUUAAGUUCUACAUUAUAAGUAAAGAAAUAAGUGCAUAUGAGUAUGUGUGUGUGUGUGUAUAUAUAUAUAUAUAUAUAUAUAUAUAUAUAUAUAUAUAUAUAUAUAUAUAUAUAUAUUAUGUGUGUGUGUGUGUGUGUGUGUGUGUGUGCUUAUAUAUACUGAAUUCUUUACACAAUUCAUAUUUCACACUACUAUGAUCUUCAUGUAAAUUAACUUUUACAAUGUUCCAAGCUGAUUUUAUAUCCAUUGAAGUUGGUUCAUUUUUUGGUCAGUUUCUAAAUAAUGUUUUGUCCAAGUGGUGUUUAUAAUUGUUGUCACUUUUCAUUUGCCAAUUCAUUGGUUGUUCCAUUGCCAUUGGUCAAAUUCACCAUUUUAUUGGUCUAUAUGAACUUUUACUUUUUAAUCGUUGUCAUAUUGUCAGUUUUCAUUGUCCAAUUUGGUGGUUGUCUUAUCUGUACCUGCCAAUUUCAUCACUGUAACCAACAAAUUGGAGAAAAAGAAAAGCAACUACAAUCAUAAACACAACCUUAAAAAAGAAUAUUUAGAAGCUGGCUAGUACUUAGAAAUUCAAAAUAAUGAAUGCUUAUCAAUAAAUAUAAAACCAACUUAAAAUAUUGUAAAACUGUUCAUCAUAAGAUUGUGCUGGUGUGAAAUUAAAGUUGCAAUUAAAAGAAUUCAGUUUAAAUAUACUAUACACUCUACACUUCUUCAGUGACAAACUUUAGCAUUUGAACAUAUAUAUAUAUAUAUAUAUAUACCUCCACACAUACAAUAUGUAUGUAUAUAUAUAUACACACACCUCCACACAUACUAUAUAUAUAUAUAUAUAUAUAUAUAUAUAUUUAUAUAUAUACGCACACACCUUCACACAUACAACACAAAUAUAUAUAUUUAUAUAUAUAUAUAAUAUUGUUGUUUUAAUGUCCAGUUUUACAUGCUUGCAUGGGUCAGAUGGGAUUUGUUGAGGUAAAUUUUUUUUUACAAUCAGAUGCCCUUCCUGUUGCUAACUCUUGUUUUCAAACAAGGUAAUAUUUCCCAAUGACUGGACAUGUUUCCAUGGAAGACUGAAAAUGAAUGACACCACUUACAUGAUAGUGACACUUGUUAACAAACUGUCACAUGUCAAGAUGAGGAGGCACAAACAUACAUAUAAUAUUGCAUGAAUUUCUUCAGGGAGAAAACUGACUAGAAGUUUAAAUAGUUUAGUUUAGUGUUUACAACAAGAAUCUACAGUAAUCAUAGAGCAAGAUAAAUUUAUGGUCUAUACUGGUUUUAUUUCACAUACAAAGUACUUAAAUUUUUACUAGCCAUUUGCUCGUCAAUUCUAUAAACUUAAUGUAUUUUGUUGCUGAAAGCUUGCUGGAGUAAAAUGAAAGAAUACAAAUUUAUCUAUUUAUUUGUGUGUGUAUAUUUUACUCGUAAAUUAUUGUAACAUCAGCUCUUGUAUUUUCAUAAAUAUUUAGAAACAUGAGUAAACCUGAGCCUAAUAAUACCACACUAAGUUUAAUAAUUAAUGAGAGCCUAAAUAUUAAUGACUGGUUAGGAAUGUUAUACAAGUUGAAUCCUCUGCUAGGUUUAGAAUUUGACAAUUUGCCUCCAACUUGACUAUUUAAAAGCCAGUCCAAACUACCUGGUGACAUUGACAUCAUUUUAACAAUUACAAGCCAUAGUAAACAGAAGAUUGCACAAAUUACUGAAGUUGUUAACAGUUGGUAGUGUUGAAUCUGGUACUGAAAAUAAAAUAUUUAAAUUUGUUCAUAUUUUCCUUGUCAUUCCUUCUAAGAAAAUAUUAAAUUUAACAACUUAUUUGUGAGCUUUUCAUUCCUUAACUGAGCUGUAACUGCCAUGUUACUUUCUUUAAUCUACAUAAUUUGUUUAAUUAAGUUGGAAUUGGCACAUGAUGUAAUUUAUCUGACUUAUUAUAAUUCUUUACACCCACUCCUUUUUAAGAAUUUGCCAAAUUUUUUUUCUUUCAAUUUGCAAUGUAAACACAACUCAAAUGUAUGCAUACUGCCUUGUUUAAAGUUUCUGUCCCCUGCCCCCCCCCCAUAAAUUCCCUUAUGCAACCACACAAUUUUGUUUUAAAAUAAGUGUUAGUACAUACAUAUACAUAGAGCUUCCUCUUCUCUUUCCCUAUUUAUAAACACACGCACACACAAGCAUACACUUAACAUAUAUAAAUACAUUCCAAAACUUGAAUUUUUUUUCUUUAUAAUUACUCCAAACAACUAGGUCCAAAAUAGUAAGGGGAACUGCGCAACAUUUAAAAUUAAAAGAAAACAAAAAAAAAAUUAUCAAAAAAGAAGCUUCUGUCUUGUACAGUGUGAAACAAAAAGAACUUUUGGUAUUGCAUAUUGCAAUUAUGUGUGCCACUUGCAAACUUUUUCUUCUUUUAUAAUUCUGAACUUUUUGUUUUAUUUAUAUUAUAUUGUGUGCCAAUUAGUGAUCAUUUAUGCACACAACACACGUAAAUGAUAUCUUGUGAAUUCAAAUCAUUAAAUUUUUUUCCUCUCUCUGUAACUACAUUAUUAUUAUUAUUAUUAUUAUUAUUACUAUUAUUAUUUUUAUUAUAAGUGGAAAUUUUGGUCACUAAUUUCAUGUGACUGUUAUAUUACCUGUUCCGUCAACAUUUUAGUGGUCAAAACCCCAUUUUUUCUUUCUUUUCAUUUCUUUCCACUCUACAUUUUAAGGAUAUUUUUUGUCAACAGCUGUCUAAGACCAUUUAUAACUAUGAAGGUAUUAUCAUUAUUUUUUUAUUUUUUUAUUUUCUACCCCAAAGAUUUGCAGCUCAAGUGACAAUCAUGUAACUCUCAAAUUAUGAAAGUUGAAAUUUAAAUCAACAGUACCCUACAGCCCUCAUUUGAUUUCUCUUUGCCCUGUUCUGCUUCUUCCCCCUCCUUUCUUUCACAUCACUCCUCUUUCUACCCUAUGCUAUUCUUUGCGUGUUGGACUUUUAAAAUAGGAGUGAAAUGAAAUAUUUGGAUAAAAUAUGCAUUACCUUUUUCAAUGUAAGCAAAUAUUUAAUGGCUACAUACACUCCUUCCCUCUUCUCUCUCUCUCUUUCUCUCCUUGUUUUUUUUUUUACAUCUUGUUCCAUUUUACUAUAAUGGACAAGGUAAACCGACUUGAAAGAUUCACUAGUCUACAAUUGAUUAAAUCACACAAGCUGCCCAUUUUUCUAUUAAUGUCUAAUAUAGCAGUUAUCAAAUGUUGUUUUGUAAACAGCUUUGAUAGUUCCUUGCCUUGCAUUUAUUGAUAGUUUUGUGGGGUGUGGUGCUCUUUUUUCAAACUUCCUUACCUUUCAAUGUUUCUCUUAUUCACUCCUUCUCCUCCUCUCAGUUUUUUGUUUUUUAAUGUUGCACAAUGACAAACUUUGAACUUCAAGGCUAUGGGCUUACUCUUCCCCUUUCUGAAAGAAAAAGAAAAAGUGAAUGUAUCCCUUUUUUAGAUGUGUGCCUCAAAUUAUAUAUAACAAAAAAAAAACUACAAAAAAAUUUUUAUAGUUGUCAUUUGUUUAAAUAACAAUUGAUUUGAAUGCAAAACAAAAUUAGAGUUGUACACAGGCUAUGUAUUUUUUUAUUUAUUAAAAAUUUUUUAGACCUCUUGCUAGCUUUUCAUCAACAGAA